CUUUUAAGGAAAAAAGUUCAUGCGUGAGGAAAGCGUGCCAACAUCCAGUUUGAAAGCAGUUUUCUGCCACAGCGAGAGGCGCAAAGAGCGAGAAUAUCAUCCCCUCAUCUUAACGGAUAUCUACAUUUUUUGUAACCACGGCUUCAAAGGUGGACGGCGUUUUUUCUGCUCUAUCCCUGCAUUUCUUCAAGAGAGAAAUGGAAGAGGGCUCCAGUUCUCCGGUCUCCCCUGUGGAUAGUCUGGUGACCAGCGAGGAGGAGCUGGACAGACAGCAGAAGAGCUUCCCGGCGAAGAAGAGACACAGCAAGAAGGGCAGCGAGGACAGCAGCGGCAGCAGCCCGGGCCAGGUGAAGCGGGUCAAGAAGGCGAGUCCGAGCAGCAACCAGUCCUACGAGGAGCUGCAGAACCAGAGGUGCCUGGCCAACGUCCGGGAGAGGCAGCGGACUCAGUCUCUGAACGAGGCCUUUUCGUCUUUGCGCAAAAUCAUCCCCACGCUACCCUCGGACAAGCUGAGCAAGAUACAGACGCUGAAGCUUGCCUCCAGGUACAUCGACUUCCUCUGUCAGGUGCUGCAAAGCGACGAGAUGGACAACAAGAUGUCCAGCUGCAGCUACGUCGCGCACGAAAGACUCAGUUACGCAUUCUCCGUGUGGAGGAUGGAGGGAGCCUGGUCUAUGUCAGCAUCUCACUAGCAGCUGGAGGGGCUUCACUUACAUUGCCAAAAGGACUGUUUACUUCUACAAAGUAUGAAGACCAAAGGGAUUAUUGAAGAACUCAUGAACCUCAAAGGCACGGCCGAGAGACGUAAUGUGACCCACAACUACAAACUCUGUGCACAGUGUCUGUGUUUGUGUGUGUGUGUGUGUGUGCACAGUCAUCACACCGCUGCUGACGGUCUGGAGCUGUUGGUGGCAGAAAGAGAGGGAGGGGGAUGCAAUACUGAGCGCAUAUCUCGGCCUGCAUUUCAACAGAAUCCACCUUUUAACCGUGUUUCUAGAAGGAUUUAUAUUUUGUUUUGUCAAAGACUUUAAGCCUAAUUAUAAAAUAUAUAUAAAUGCAUAUUGUACAUACCCGUUUAAGUACGCCUAUAGCCUGUAAAGGGACUAAUGCAAUUUUAGAGUCUUUUGCUGCAUGGAUUUAUUUUACCGACUUUCUUUAGCAAAAAACUCCGAACUCCGUCCAAUGUACAUUGUUGGUUUGCUUAUUUAUUAAAACACAUAUUUUUGAACGAAA